AUGGAGGAAGUUGACAGUGUUUUGGUUGAUAACAUUAAGAGUUUCGGUUCCGGUGGUUUUGGUGGUGUUUGUGCCGUUUUGACCGGUCACCCAUUCGACUUGGUCAAGGUUCGUUUGCAAACGGGUGUCUACAAAUCUACCGCCGAGUGUCUCAAGGGCACUUUGGCCAAAGAUGGUGCACUUGGUUUCUACAGAGGUGUGAUGCCUCCUUUGUUGGGUGUUACCCCUAUGUUUGCUGUGUCCUUCUGGGGUUACGACAUGGGUAAGAAGCUUGUCGGUUCUUACACCGGCAAAAAGGCCGAGGACUUCACCAUUGGCGAGACUUCCACCGCUGGUUUCAUCUCCGCCGUGCCCACCACUUUGGUGGCUGCUCCUUUUGAGAGAGUCAAGGUUAUGAUGCAAGUCGCUGAUGGUAAGAAGUCGUCCAUGGGUGCUGUUAUCGCUGAGAUGUACAAAACUGGCGGUAUCAGAUCUAUUUUCAAGGGAUCUGUGGCCACUUUGGCUAGAGACGGUCCUGGUUCCGCUCUUUACUUCGCUACUUACGAGUACUUGAAACAAAAGUUGUCUACUCCAGGCAAGGACUUGUCUUUGGGUGCCAUUUCUAUCGCUGGUGGUUUCGCUGGUGUGGCUAUGUGGCUCGGUGUCUUCCCAAUUGACACCAUUAAGUCUACGCAGCAGUCUUCCAAUGUCAGCAUCUCGAUUGCCAAGGCCACCAAACAGAUCUAUGCCAAGGGCGGAAUCAAGGCUUUCUUCCCUGGUGUUGGACCUGCUUUGGCCAGAUCCUUCCCUGCCAACGCCGCCACAUUUGUCGGUGUGGAGGUUGCAAAGAACUUCUUCGAGAAGCUUUAG